AUGAUGAAUAAUUAUAUGCCUAAAAGUUUUGAGGAAAUUUUAGUGCAUCCUCAAAAUAAGUUGAGCAUAUUAAAUUUUUUUACAGAUAUAAUAAAAUUUAAUAAUGAUCCAAUAUUAAGCAAAGAAUUAGAGUAUGUGUGUAAUAAUAAGAACACCGAGGAGUGUAAGACACUAUAUUCUUUAAAAACAAUAUGUGUUAUAUUAGGGAUACAAGGUAGUGGUAAAACAACAUUAAUAAAAUAUUUAUGUGAUAAAUUAAAUAUAAGACAAUGUUAUUAUGAAAAUGAACCUAUGGAUUAUAUUAAUAAUCUUAGAGGUAUGAAAGAAAGAGAAACAGAUGAUGAUAAUGAUGAUGACAAUAGUAAUAAAAUGAACGAUAAUUAUUAUGAACAUCCAUAUAUCAAUUUUUUAUUAUAUUCAAAUUGCAAAAUAGGAAAUACAAAAAAAGAUAAAACUCAAUCUGGGGAAAAGAGAAAUCAUAUUAUACAAAAUAAAAAAUAUAUUGGAAAGAACGCAGAACAUAAAUCAACAUCUGUGUAUAAUAAUAAUAAUAAUAAUAUUAAUUACAUUGAUGAUGGUGAUGAUAAUGCUGUUAAUAGAUCUAUUAAUUAUAACGAUAAUUAUAAUUAUCAUAAUUAUAACUCUAUGUUAAAUGAUAAGUUUUCUAUUGGAGGGAAGAAAAGAAUCGUUGAUUCAAACAUUCCAGAUGGUCCAAACAAAUUUGUUAAAAUUUCCAACUCAAAUAAAAUAAAUUAUAGAGGAACCAUAAAUAGUUCCUUAUCAUCAAAUAACCAUUUUAAUAAUAAUAAUAAUAAUUAUUAUUAUUAUAAUAAUAGAUGGAGUAAAGAAAUGAUUAUAGAAAAGUUAACUGAAUGUAAUAAUAUGAUUAUUCAAUUAAUAAAAUUAUGGUUCAAAUUAUACGUUACAUAUAUGAAUAUAUUAAAAGAACUCUUUAAAUAUUCAGAAAGUUUGGGAAAUGAAAAAAAAUGUACAUUCCCAUUUUUUAAACAGAAUAGAUUUUAUAGAAUUAUAAAUAAAAAGUUUUUAUUAUGUGUUAAAAUAUUUAAAAAAAUAAAUAAUAUUUUAUCUGUGUUACAUAAUUUAAAAGAUACCAUUUUAAAAGAAUUUAAUGAAUUCAUACGUAUGGAAAAACAACAUCUAAUUAAUUUAUUUGUUGAGGGAAAUUAUAAUGAAGAAAUGAUCGAGGCUUUAAAUAAAUUAUAUCAUACAAAUGAAGGCAUUAAUAUAACUAUAAAAGAAUCAAAUGAUAUGUCAUUUUGUACAAAUAAAAAUCUUCAUUUAUAUAAUAAAUUAAAAGUAGAAUUAAAUGAAGAGUGGGAUAUCCGAGCGAGUUUAAUAGAAGAAAUGAAAGAUUAUAUUGAAAGAAAAAAUAUGAAUAAAGAACUUGAAAAAUAUAUCGAAAGUAAUAAUAAUAUUAUGUAUGUUGAAAAGGAAAAUUCUACAAGUAUUACAAUUCCUAUGAUAAAUGAAGAAAAUAUGAAUGAUUUUUAUAUUAGAAAUAAAUAUAUGAAUAAAAACAAAUAUAAUAAUAAAAAUAAAUAUAUUUGUAGAGAUAGUAGUACAUGUACAGGAAGUGAUGACAGUACAUGUUUGGAUAAUAAUUCUGUCAAAUCGACUAUUUAUGAGACAGAAUCAUAUAUAACUAAUAUAUUAACAAAUCAUACAUUAAAUAAAUACAUAGAACAUUUUAUAGAAAUAAAUAAAUCAAAGAAAGUUAUUAAAGAAUUAUGUGUAUCAAACAAUUUGAAAAGAAAUUUUAAUGAGCAUUAUCUAAAUAUUAUCCAGGAAUUGAAUAAAAGUAUGAAUGACUUAAAUAAUAUAAAUUAUAUAGAAAUUAAAAAAGGGAAAAUAAACUUUCCACAUUUUAUGAUUCUUCCAAAAGAUAUUCAUGAUAUAUUUGUAAAAGAGAACAAGGAAAAAGAUUUUUCUUCAUUUGAUAAUGAAAAUAUAUUAAUACAACUUUUGAUGAUUAAUAAUUAUAAUAUAAAUUUUAUUAAUAAUUUUAAUUUGAAAAAUAUUAUUAAGGAAGUUAUAAUUAUACAUAUGUUGUUAAUAAUAAAUAUAAAGGAUAUUAUAAUCAUUAAUAUGAAUAUUGUUAAUCAUAUAAAAAUGGAUGUAAUAAACAAUUUGAUUAUGACAAAUAAUUUAAUAAAAAAAAAAAAAAAAAGCUUUAAAAAUGAUUAUAUAUUUGGAAAGAACUUAUUGGAUAAACUAACAUCCAUCAUGCUGAAGAAGGAUAAUGAAGAACAGAAUUAUGAGAAUAUAAUUUAUGAUGAUAUAAAUAAUAUAAAGGAAUUCCAAGAAAAAAAAAGUGGUAAAGAUAGUGUUACAGACAAUGAUAAAUAUACAAAAGAAAAUAAAAAUAUAACAAAAAUAAAUAUUACUUGUUCUUUUGAAAACUCAAUUAUAAUGAUAAAAGAAUCUUUAAAUGUGUCUCCUAAAGUAAAUAAUAAAUUAAUAAAAUAUGCUUAUGAAAUAUAUAAAUUAAACAACAAUAUAAUAAAUAAUUUAAUACAAAGUAAUACAUUAUAUAAUAAUAUAAUAAAAUCAUUACAUAAUGAAAUAUAUAUAAAAAACCAAUUAAUUAACAAUUUUGUUGAUAUUAUAGAUAUACAAAAUGAAAUGUUAGAUUUUCUGUUUUGGAUAUUAUCAAAUAAUAGCAAUGAAAAUGUUAUGGAUAUAAUUAUGAAAAGUAGUUUAUAUAAAAAAGUAAUGGAUAUAGAUAUAAAAGAGAAGAAUAAAAGAGAAAAGGAGCGAAUCUUUUAUCAUAAUCAUUUUAUAAAUACUAGAGCUAUUAUUAUUGAUGAACUUCCAAUAUCAGAAUUAGAAUAUUCAGAAGGAUUUAGAAACAGUUGUAUAUUUACAAUGCAAUUUAUAUUGAAUCGUAUAAAUUAUUGUAAAGAAAAAAUAAUAAAAUAUAAAAAUGGGGAUAUGAAUCAAAUAAAAGAAAAAAAUGAAACACACAAAAUAUAUACAACCAAUCAAAAAGACAACAACAAUAAUAAUAACAAUAAUAAUAAUUAUAAUAAUAACAACAACAACAAUAAUAAUAACAAUAAUAAUAAUUAUAAUAAUAAUAAUGUCGUGUGUAAGAGCAACAUGGAAUGUAAUACUAAUUUUUAUAUGCUUGGAAAAGAUAACUUAGAAUGUUUUAAAAUAAACCCUAUGAUCAUUUUAAUAAAUUCUUAUGAUCAAAUAAAAACUGUAAAUUCUUUAUUAGGUUUUGAUAUUAAUAAUUCUCCUUAUGUACAUUUUGUGAAAUUAAAAAAGAUUCAUCCAGCAUAUUUUGAAAAAAUAUUAAUAGAGAGAUAUUAUUGUAAAAUGAUACAUUCAAAUAAAAAUAUAAAAGAUGUUAUUAAAAAUUAUGCUCAUAAUUGUAAUGGAGAUAUAAGGUCAUGUUUUAAUGCUUUAGAUUUAUUAAGCAGAAUACCAAACGUAAGUCAGAUGAAUAUAAAUGAAUUAAACAAUAUUUCUAAUACAUACCAGAACGAUAUUUUCCAUUUUGUUAAAAGCGUAUUAUAUAAUAAUAUACCUUCAGAUUAUACUUCAAGGGAUGAUAUAUCUCCUUUAUUUUAUUUGAAUUUACAUACAUACACAAAGGAUGAAUAUUUUUCAAAUGACAUAGAUUAUGAACAUAUUAAAAUUGAAGAAAAUUAUAAGAACUAUAAUAAUAUAAAUAUAUCUUCAAAAAAUAAUUUAAAUCAUAAAAUAAUAAAUCAUGACGACAAAAAAGAUCAUUUUGUUAAUAAUAAAAUGAAAGAUGCAAACUUGUUAAUUGUAAAUAAUAAAGAAGAAAAAAAUAAUGUCAAUAAUUUUAUAAAACAAUAUGAUAUUGAUCAUAUUCAUGAUGAACAAAAUAUAUAUAUUAGUAAUAGAAAUUAUAAUAAUGAUAAAAUUAUUCAAAAUAAUAAAAAUAUAAACUCUUAUGAAAACUUUCAAAUACUUUUAAAAGAAUUAGAUAAUCAAUCAGAUAUGAUGAACAUUUUUGAAAAGUUUCAAAUCGUAUCUUUAUUAAAAGAAAAUUAUUUGUAUUUUUAUAACAACCUAUCCGAUAUUGCAAAAUUAUUUACUAAUCUAAGUAUAAUUGAGUAUUCUUUUUGUGGUUUAAAUUGUACUAAUUUAUUAAUGAGAAAAUCACAUGAAAAUCAAAAUGGUGAUGUUUCUAGAUUUAUAAAUGAUCAUUUUAUGUUAACCUAUAUGUAUUUUAUGAUAUGUAAUAGUAACAUACCUAAGGGGGUCUUAUAUGGAAAUCAUAUAUCUCAAAAUAAUAAAAUUAAUGUGAAUAUAAAUGACUUACAAAGAAAUGAAAUGAACAAUGAAGAGAAUGGUUAUAAGGAAAGAGUUGAAAAUGUGGUAAAAAAUAUGAAUACUAUUAUAAGUAUUGAUAAAAAUAAUAACAAUAUUAAUAAUGUUAAUAGUAAUAAUAAUAAUAAUAAUAAUAAUAAUAAUAAUAUUAAUAAUAUUAGUAAUAAUAAUUAUUAUUAUUGUACGUCAUUAUCUAGUAUGGAUAAAAAAAUAAAAAUAAAUAAUCACACAUCUAUACAACCACAAAGUAUACAUUUGAAAAAUAUAUUUUUUUCCUUUAAAACCAAUCCAAUGUAUAAAUAUUAUCAUCAUUGUAGUAUACUAAGAAAAGAAUUAUAUGAUAGAUAUAUUAUGAUCGUUAUAAGAAAAUUAACAAAUGAAUGUAUAAACGAUUUUGAAAAUAUUAUUUCCAAAUAUUGUUUUCUUUUAAGAGCUAAUCAUGAAUUAUUUUCAAGUAUUUUCCCGUCCUAUAUAUUACUAAUUAUAAAUUAUUGGAAUGGUCAAUAUAUAAAUGAAUGUAACAUACCAAAAUAUGAAGAAAUAAAAGAAAAAAACGAAUGUGAUAAUACUACUAAUAAUGAAUAUGAUAACAAAAUAUUUAUAAAUAAAAUCGAAUCUAAUAAUUUUAAGACAGCCUUAUAUUCGAAUAAAGUAAAUGAAAUAAUUGAUAAUUUUACCCCAACAUGUACAAAUAAUGAGAAUAGAAAAAAACAUAUUAAUGAAAUUAUUUUAUUUACAGAAACAUUCAUUACACCUAAAUUUAUUGCUCUCUUCUUUCCUUCUUAUUUAAAAUAUUUAAAAGACGGAACAAAACAAAAAAAAUAUGUAUUAAAUUUUAUUGGAAAUCAAGCAGUAUCUAUAGAAACCUAUUUCGAAAUGAGGAAUGUCCUCAAAUUAAAUGACAUAGCAUUCUUUAAUUAUUUUUUUCAAUAUUAA